UUAGUCGGACUCGUCCUCACGUGCGCUCAUCCCGAGCGCCUGGACCUUUCUCUCCGGCCGGCAGCUGCACAGGAUCACAGGCGGGCGGCCAUGCGGUGGCUGCCAUUGUUGCUGCUCGCCCAGGUGGCGAGCGGCCAGAGGCGGCGCGUGGGCGCCGGCAUCAGCGCGCUGGCGCCGCUGGACGAGACGGCGGGCGCGGCCGGCGGCGACCACGACCACCACCACCACCACCACACGCACGUCUCCAGGCUCGACGUCGUCUGCGACGCCACCUCCAUGACCGUCACGCUCGACUUCGACGGUCCCUUCAACGGCGUCGUCUACAGCAAGGGCCACUUCAGCGACUCACGCUGCAGAUACGUGAAAGCUGGGAGCAACAAAUCUUCCUUCAAGUUCAACAUUCCAGUCAAAGGCUGUGGAACGGUUCCUUCAGGAGGAUUCGGCAAAACAGUCGACAAUAUCAUCGUCAUCCAGACGGAAGAUGACGUACAGGAGGCGUGGGACAUCGCGCGCAAGGUGUCGUGCGCCACGGCGAGCCUGCAGGAGAAGACGGUGCUCUUCCGGCCGUUCGUCGUCGACAUGCUCGAGGUGGUCUCCGUGCCGGUGACCACGGGCACCGUCGACUGCUGGAUGGACAUCCGCCGCGGCUAUUUCCCCAACACGUCUCCGCUCGGGGAGAUCAUCAAGAUUGGGGAGCCGCUGACAGUGCUGGUGUACAUCAAGGACAGCGAGCGACGCUACGACGUGCGCAUGCGCGACUGCUGGGCGUACGACAGCGAGGACUACGAGGCGGCCGACACGCAGAAGCUGCAGCUCACCGGGCCCGACGGCUGCCCAAAGAAACGAAAGCUGAUCGGCUACUGGCAGACAACAACAGAUGUCGGAAAGACGGAUGCGAGUAUAAUUGCUUACAACAACAUUUCGGCUUUCAAGUUUCCUGACAGAAUGCAAGUCUACCUAACUUGUAACAUAGAGAUAUGCUCCGGACAAUGCACUGGGAAGUGUCAAGAAACCCAGGUAACAACAGUACAAACAGAGUUACCACCAAAUUGCUACCCUGGUGCCACAGAUCCUCGAUGCCCCAUCCCAACUACCCAGCAAAUUCCAACGACACCAUCACGAUGUUAUCCAGGUUCACUAGACCCUAGAUGCCCUCAAACACCUACAACCACAACUCAAAGACCUCAAUGCUACCCAGGAUCUACAGACCCCAGAUGUCCACAAUUCACUACUACGACUACUACCCCCUACCCAAGAUGUUUCCCAGGAUCUACAGAUCCCAGAUGUCCGAAACAAACAGCUACAACUUCAACACAACCUCCUUUGCGCUGCUUUCCGGGAUCUCUAGAUCCCAGGUGCCCAAAAACAACAACAUUUGCACCACAAACCACCACAGCCAAAAUUGUUUGCUAUCCAGGCUCUACUGAUCCAAGAUGUCCAAGAACAACUACUCAGCCACCUACAAGACAACCAUCAUGUUAUCCAGGAUCACCAGAUCCUCGAUGCCCAGCAACAAUCACCCCACCAGCGCGAUGUUACCCAGGAUCUACAGAUCCCAGAUGUCCAAGGCCUACUACUACAACUUCAACACAAACGCCUCUGCGCUGCUAUCCAGGAUCUCUUGACCCCAGAUGCCCACAAACAACUACAUUUGCACCACCAACUACCACUCACAAACCAGUUUGCUAUCCCGGAUCAACUGAUCCAAGAUGUCCGAGAACAACCACUACUUACCGACCAACUACUACUACAGAAAGGCCACUUGUCUGCUAUCCUGGUUCUACAGAUCCCCGAUGCCCCAAACCUCCAACCACUCCUAGGUGCUAUCCAGGCUCUACAGACCCACGCUGCCCACCACCACAAACAACACCAGCAAUUCCUGUCUGUUAUCCAGGGUCAACAGAUCCACGCUGUCCUCAGACAACCUUGAUACCCAGAACAAGUACUCCAGGUAGCACAUACCUCCCACCUACCACGACUGAGAGGCCACUGGUCUGCUAUCCAGGCUCUACUGACCCAAGAUGUCCAAGACCAACCACUCAACCGCCUACUAGGCAACCAUCUUGCUACCCAGGAUCACUAGAUCCUCGGUGCCCAACAACAACCACACCACCAGCACGGUGUUACCCAGGCUCUACAGAUCCGAGAUGCCCUAGACCCACCACUACAACUUCAACACAGCCCCCUCCACGCUGCUAUCCUGGAUCUCUUGACCCCAGGUGCCCAAAAACCACUGCAUUUGUACCAUCCACAACAACUGCUAGACCUCCCUGCUAUCCAGGCUCAACUGAUCCAAGGUGCCCCAAACCGAGCACCACAUAUCGACCACCUACUACUACAGAACGCCCACUUGUUUGUUAUCCUGGUUCUACAGAUCCCCGUUGUCCAAAACCUCCUACAACACCAAGAUGUUUUCCUGGCUCAACAGAUCCUCGCUGUCCACAACCCACCACAAGGCCAACUACCCCAGGUAGCACUUACCUACCACCAAUUAUGACAACUGUGCGACAACCUACCUGUUACCCAGGUUCUCUAGAUCCCCGUUGCCCAAGACCAACUACAACCUCAACUCCACCCCCACGAUGCUACCCAGGAUCUACAGAUCCCAGAUGUCCUAAAACCACUACCACCACCCCUCCACCAAGAUGUUUCCCAGGAUCUACGGACCCAAGAUGUCCUAAACCAAUCACUACCACGACCACAACAACUCUAUUACGCUGUUAUCCAGGCUCUCUAGAUCCUCGGUGUCCACAGACUACAACAUAUGCGCCACCUACCACUACUCCAAGAAUUGUUUGUUAUCCUGGUUCAACUGACCCUAGGUGUCCCAGACCUACCACCACAUACCGACCACCUACUACAACAGAGCGCCCACUUGUUUGUUAUCCUGGUUCAACUGAUCCUCGUUGUCCAAAACCUCCCACAACACCAAGGUGCUUCCCAGGUUCGACUGAUCCAAGAUGUCCACCACCGUAUACGACACCAAGUACACCGGUGUGUUACCCAGGAUCGCCUGAUCCACGCUGUCCACAAACGACCACGAGACCUAGAACAAGUACUCCAGGUAGCACUUACCUUCCACCACCUACAACUAUUAAGCCUCCAGUCUGCUACCCAGGCUCAACUGAUCCAAGAUGUCCAAGAACAACUACUCAGCCACCUACAAGACAACCAUCUUGUUACCCUGGAUCACCAGAUCCCAGAUGCCCAGCAACAACCACCCCACCAGCUAGAUGUUACCCAGGAUCUACAGAUCCCAGAUGUCCAAGGCCUACUACAACAACUUCAACACAACCCCCUCCACGCUGCUAUCCUGGAUCUCUUGAUCCCAGGUGCCCACAAACAACUACAUUUGCACCACCAACCACCACUCGCAAACCAGUUUGCUAUCCAGGAUCGACUGAUCCAAGGUGUCCAAGAACAACCACUACUUACCGACCAACUACUACUACUGAAAAGCCACCUGUUUGCUAUCCAGGUUCUACAGAUCCCCGUUGUCCAAAACCUCCUACAACACCAAGAUGUUUUCCUGGUUCAACAGAUCCCCGCUGUCCACAACCUACAACAAGGCCAACUACUCCAGGUAGCACUUACCUACCACCAGUUACCACAACUGUACGACAACCCAUCUGUUAUCCAGGUUCUCUAGAUCCCCGUUGUCCAAGACCAACUACAACCUCAACUCCACCCCCACGAUGCUACCCAGGAUCUACGGAUCCCAGAUGUCCUAAAACAACUACCACCACCCCUGCACCAAGAUGUUUCCCAGGAUCUACAGAUCCAAGAUGUCCUAAACCAAUCACUACCACAACCACAACAACUCCAUUACGCUGCUUCCCUGGAUCUUUAGAUCCUCGCUGCCCGCAGACUACAACAUAUGCACCACCUACCACUACUCCAAGACUUGUUUGUUAUCCUGGUUCAACUGAUCCUCGUUGUCCAAAACCUCCCACAACACCAAGGUGCUUCCCAGGUUCAACUGAUCCAAGGUGUCCACCACCGUAUACAACACCAAUCACGCCUGUGUGUUACCCAGGCUCUCCAGAUCCACGUUGUCCACAAACGACCACGAGACCUAGAACAAGUACUCCAGGAAGCACUUACCUCCCACCACCUACAACUAUUAAACCUCCAGUCUGCUACCCAGGCUCAACUGAUCCCAGAUGUCCAAGAACAACUACUCAGCCACCUACGAGACAGCCAUCAUGUUACCCAGGUUCACUGGACCCUCGAUGCCCUAGGCCAACAACAACCACAACAAGAACCACUAGUCUUCAGUGCUACCCUGGCUCCUCUGAUCCUAGGUGUCCACAAACUUCUACUCCUUACCCCAUCCCCACAACAACUGUUAGACUUGUAUGUUAUCCUGGAUCCUCCGACCCAAGAUGUCCUAGGCCUACAACUACUACAUUUUCGCCACCUCAAUGCUAUCCUGGCUCUCCAGAUCCACGAUGCCCACAAACCACUACUGAACGUGCUCCAAUAUGUUAUCCAGGUUCACCUGAUCCGCGGUGUCCUAAAAUACCAUCAAUACCUACAACUAUAGCACCACCUACAUUUACAACACCAUUCUACUGUCCAUGUCUUACAGAACAUCCUCCAGAAUGUUUUCCAGGUAGUCUUGAUCCAAGGUGUCCAACGACAACUAAGAAACCUAUUUUACCUCCAAUAUGUUUUCCAGGUUCAAAUGAUCCUAGAUGCCAAACUUCACCUCCGUACACAACCUCAUCACCACUAUGCUUCCCUGGGUCCCCAGAUCCAAGAUGCUCAACAGUACCUCGGACAUCAACUCCUGGUCCAAGUUAUUUACCACCUGUUGUCUCAACCACAGUUGGAGUAAAGCCAGAGGUACCAUCUGGCUGCUAUCCAGGGUCCCCAGACAAGAACUGUGCAGCUGACAGCACAAUAAAUAUUGAAACAGAUGUGAAACCCCCUAAAUGUUUCCCUGGAACAGAUGAUGCAGACUGUUUUGAUGGAGAAGAUGGUUCUGCAAUAUUUCCUAUAAUAAGGACAACAACAAGGAAAUCUGUACCAGUAGUUUCCAAGGAUGACUUUCAUGGAAAGGAUCAAGAUCCUAGAUACCAUGCAUUCCAUUCAUGGCUGUUUGAACCUCAAAAAAUUGGUCGCAGGCGUAAAAUUUUUCAUCGCAGCAUUGAUGAAGAAAACAUUUCUCAAACACAUCACGUGACCAAACGGGAAGUUGAGCAGCAAGUUGUUGCCAUAACAAUCGGAGUACGUGGGCUUAUGGUUGGCACUGAAAAUGAUCUUCGGUCACAUUCACUAGUUAAACGAGAUCUUCAAUAUGAUGUCCAUCCUCAACAAGUUCAAGGAGAGCUCACAAAUACAUCAGUUACAAUUGUAGCUACAGUUGCAGUAAUAAUUAGUGCAGUUGCAGCUGUUUCAUACAUUUUUUUAAGAAUUCAUAAAUAUCGCAACAUACAGCGAUCAGAAAGGGUUAUAACAACUAUGCCGGAACUGAAAUAGCGAAUUCAAAUCAACAAAUCUGUCUUUUCUAAGAGUUUCUACAAAGAAACACUCAAAAGUGCAUCUUUUACUUUAACAAUUUGUGGUAUAAGUUAUGUGUAAUAUUUAUUCUCCAUUAUAUGGAGCUUGUAGCCUGACUUACACCACAAAUCCAGUACCUACAUGUCUUCAAGAGAAAACUGGUUUUGUGCAAACACACAAUAAAUUUUUAUAUAAAUUGUUCCUAAAUUAAGCACAGACAGUGUGUAUUUUAUACAUUAUAGAAAAACAAAAAUAAUAUUUUUAUGUGUGGACACAUUCAUAUGAGAUAAAAGGCGAUUAUUGCAGAUGUUUGAUUGUGAAAUUUUGAUCAAAUUGCUUCACUCUCAGGGAGUUUUCACAGAACAAUAAAAAUUUGUGCUCUUAGAUAAUAGCAGAUAAUACCUUCCAUUACAUAUUGAGUUACUGAUACACUCAAUAUUCAAAUUAUGAUAAAAGUAAUGCUUUUUAUCCUACUUUUGCUCUACUAAAUUGAAGUUUUUUAAUCUGGCUGAGACAGUUCUUCAGCAUUAAAUAAGAAAGCUUUAAAAAGAAUUGAAAGCAAAAAGCACAAAUUAAUGUCUCUAAAAUUUAUAGCAAGACUGUUUUGUCCUGAGCACAAAUUAAUAUGGCAAACAAAAACUUCUCUAAACAACAGACAUAAGACUGAACCUCUAUGACAGAUUAAAUCUGUGCACCCAGGUACAUUGGCUUCUGCUAAAUGUUCACUAGCUACUGCUAACCCAGUGCCUCAGUUCUCUUCCUGAAAACUCUGAGCACAUAUGCAUAAAAUCAAGUUAUGACCUCAAUUUACUGAGGUGCUUCAGUCUCUCAUGAAGGUUCACUCAAGUGCACACUUUGUGACAUAAUGGAAUAUUCAUUCAGAAACUCUGACAUAAACAUUUGUUUCUCCACAAUAUUGUAUACCUUAAGGAAACUGUAUACUUGUGCCAUUACUUAGCCAAUUUUCAAAUACAGAAUUACAGUAUCUAAGUGAAAAACCAGUUUUUUAUUGCAACACAUAUAAAAAUUUCAUCAAAUACUUAAAUAAAAUUGGUGACUCUGC